AUGACCAACGAAGGCUCUCCUGGAGCUCCACACCUUUCAUAUUCGAACCCGACCUCUGGUAUUAUGCCACGGCGAUCUUCUUACGCAUCAGUAGCCGCCGGAACAGCAGGGAUCUCAUCUAGUUCUGGGCAUCUACCGCGCAUAGUGAAUACAGGUUCAUAUACGCACUCUACAAGCUUAGAUCAGCCGUCAAGGAUACCUCAGCCAAUCUCUGAUCCUGAUACGCGUGUGGAAGGAGGAAUGGAUAUCCCAAGCUCGUGGGGAAGAGGAGGCAGCUUCUCAAGUCCGCGAUUUCCGAGUCAAAGCUAUAGUGCAUCCGGCAGUGGAGGCAUGUUGGGAUUCUUCGAGCCAUCGUAUCUCAAAGAGUCCAAGUACAUGGAGAAAUUGAAAGCUGCACAUAAGGCCAAGCUGGCAGCUCAGGCCGAUGAACUGCUUACUCGCUCUUCCAAACCGGGAUCUCUCUCAACCAGCUCCAGCAGCGUCAGCUUACACAAAAUGGCACCUUCACAUCGUGGUAUGACGUAUGAGAUCAUUGAACGUCAACCCGAAGUGGAGGAUGACGGAGUGACACCACUACCUUCGAAAUGGGCUGAAACGGACAAAAAUGUGGGGUUGGAGAUAUCAGCAGAUGGCCAGGACGUCAAAUUUGUUGGACCUGCGAAGACUCUUGACCACGAGGCUGCUUCUACGAGAUCGGACAACCCAAUGCCUGCGCAAUGCGGUAUCUACUACUAUGAAGUUAGCAUAAUAUCCAGAGGCAAGGAGGGCAUGAUUGGAGUUGGAUUUUCCGGCGCGAGUGCAUCAUUAGAGAAGCUCCCAGGCUGGGAGCCGGAGAGCUGGGCAUAUCAUGGAGAUGAUGGGAAAUCGUUUUGUGCUGCAACUCCAGGGAAGCCUUAUGGGCCUACAUUUACGUCUGGAGAUGUCAUAGGCUGUGGUGUCAAUUUCAUGAAGGGUUGCGCCUUCUUUACGAAGAAUGGAGUUUUUCAAGGCAAUGCAUUUCGGGAUCUCAGAGACGUCAAGGUUUACCCAUCCGUGGGCAUGAAACGGCCGCACGCCCAUCUGAGUGUUAACUUUGGUCAAAGACCUUUCAUGUUCGAUAUAGAUCGAAUGGUUUCACGCGAGAGACAGAGUAUCAUCGACGAAAUCAACGCCGCGGACGUAUCGAAUCUACACCCUACCUUAAACAAAGACGAGCUAUGUAAGGCGCUGGUGGCUCAGUACCUUUCCCACGAUGGAUACGUGGAAACAGCUAGAGCGUUUGCAAGUGAAGUACGAGCAGAAGCAACAGCGCUGAGAGGCGGAUCCGAAUCGAAGUUGGAGGGCUACCUGUCCGUAGAAGAAGACCACGAUGCUAUGAACAGGCAACAGAUCCGCACGGCCAUCCUCGACGGUGACAUCGACAAAGCCAUCAAACUCACCAACGCUUUUUACCCGCAAGUCCUACAAGACAAUCACCAGAUCUACUUCAAGCUCCGCUGCCGCAAGUUCAUAGAGAUGAUGCGCCAAAGUACCGAUUUCCUCGACAAUUCUACAUCCAAACAGACCAAGUCCACCACGACAAACGGCCACUCAACAGCAGUCUCAGACGACGGCUUCGAACCCGACAUGGAUCUUGAUGAGCCUAUCACAAGUAAAGACGGCGGCCAUCACAACAAUGACGACUGGGACCGGAUGGAUACGGAAGAAGUAGCCGGAGGGGACAACUGGGGCUUGAAGUAUCAGACGUUGCUAGAGGUCAUAAUACGCUACGGGCAAGAGCUCAAGCAUGAGUUCAAGGAUGAUCGAAGGAAGCAUGUGACGGACACCUUUACGGAUAUCUUCUCGAUGUUUUCAUAUCCAGAUCCGAGGAAGAGUCCGCAAGGCAAACUGUUGGAGAGCGAGCAGAGGGUGCCGCUUGCGGAGGGGCUGAACAGUGCUAUCUUGGUCUCCCUGGGCAAAUCAUCCUCCACAGCAUUGGAACGCGUGUAUAAACAAACUGUGGUGCUUGUGGAUAUGAUUAGCGAAGACGGUGGACCGGGCUCUUUCAUCAAUGUGGGCAACUUGCUGCAGUCGAGUAGAAAGUCAUGGCAGCAGUGA